AUGCAUUUGACUCCGAAAGAGCUCGACAAGCUGGUCAUUUCGCAAGUCGGCCAGCUUGCACAGCGAAGAUUGGCACGCGGUGUCAAGCUGAACCAGACUGAAGCGACGGCUCUGAUCGCAAGCGUCCUCCAAGAACUUAUCCGCGAUGGCAACCAUUCAGUGGCAGAUCUCAUGUCCCUGGGCAAGACCAUCCUCGGCCGCCGCCAUGUCCUACCGCCCGUAGUCAACUCUCUGGUAGAGCUGCAAGUCGAAGGAACCUUUCCCUCUGGUACCUACUUGGUUACCGUCCACCACCCUAUCAGUUCCGAUGACGGCGAUCUCGAAAAGGCCCUAUAUGGCAGUUUCCUGCCCAUACCCGAUAAAGAUGUCUUCCCUCAUGCCGAUCCCUCGCAAUACGCUCCCGAGAAACAGCCUGGUGCAGUCAUACCACUCAAAAAUGGCAAGAUUGCCUUGAACAAGGACAGAAAGAGGAUACAAUUAAAGGUUGUUAGCAAGGGAGACCGUCCCAUCCAGGUUGGAUCGCACUAUCACUUUGUCGAGACUAACCCUCUGCUGGACUUUGAUCGUGUCAGAGCACUUGGAUACAGAUUGGACAUUGCUGCUGGAACCUCUGUCCGUUUCGAGCCUGGUGACACCAAGACCGUCAACCUCGUUCAGAUCGGUGGGAACCAGGUUAUCAAGGGUGGUAACGGUCUUGCUACUGGUUCUCUUCAUGAUGCUCGGAUUGCCGAAAGUCUUGUCGAGAAACUGCAGAAGGGUGGAUUCCACCAUACCCCAGAGCCUGCUGGCGAUUCUGCUCACCUUGAUCUGUUCACUCUGGAGCGCGAAGCUUACAUAUCCAUGUUUGGCCCUACCACCGGCGACCUCGUCCGUCUGGGUGCCACCGAUCUCUGGAUCAAAGUCGAAAAAGACUUGACCCAGUAUGGAGAUGAAUGCACCUUUGGCGGAGGUAAGAGUAUCCGUGAUGGCAUGGGUCAAGCCUCUGGACGCUCAGAUAUCGACUGCUUGGACUUGGUCUUUACCAAUGCUUUGAUUGUUGACUAUACUGGUAUCUUCAAGGCUGAUAUCGGCGUCAAAAAUGGCAUCAUCGUAGGAAUUGGCAAAGCCGGUAACCCGGAUAUCAUGGAUGGUGUUGAUCCUAACAUGGUCGUCGGCUCCAACACCGAUGUCAUUGCCGCCGAGAAGAAGAUUGUCACCUACGGCGGAUUUGACAGCCACAUUCAUUUCAUCUGUCCUCAACAAGCCCCUGAAUCGCUUGCUUCGGGAAUUACAACUUUGCUUGGAGGUGGUACUGGGCCAAGCACUGGCACCAAUGCAACAACCUGCACACCAAGCGCAUGGUUGAUUGAGAGUAUGCUUCAAGCUACUGAUAUUAUACCGCUCAAUGUAGGCAUAACCGGCAAGGGCAACGACAGUGAGCCUGGCCCUUUGCGUGAGCAGGCAGAGGCUGGUGUGUGCGGCCUCAAAUUGCAUGAGGAUUGGGGAACUACACCCAAGGCUAUCGACACUUGUCUCGGUGUUUGCGAUGAACACGACAUCCAAACCCUCAUCCAUACCGACACUCUGAACGAAUCCGGCUUUGUCGAGACCACCGUGGCAGCGUUCAAAGGCCGCACCAUCCACAGUUAUCAUACUGAGGGAGCUGGUGGUGGACACGCACCCGAUAUCAUUUCCGUCGUCGAGCACGAGAACGUCUUGCCCUCCAGCACCAACCCCACACGCCCCUACACUAACAACACCCUCGACGAGCACCUUGACAUGCUAAUGGUUUGCCACCAUCUAUCGCGCAAUAUCCCCGAAGACGUCGCCUUUGCCGAAUCGCGCAUCCGCGCCGAGACAAUCGCCGCCGAGGACGUUCUCCACGAUCUUGGUGCCAUCAGCAUGAUGUCUUCAGACUCACAAGCCAUGGGCCGCUGCGGCGAAGUAAUUCUCCGCACCUGGAACACUGCACACAAGAACAAACAGCAGCGAGGCUUCCUCCCUGAAGAUGAAGGCACUGGCGCCGAUAACUUCCGCGUCAAGCGCUAUAUUUCCAAAUACACCAUCAACCCAGCCAUCGCACAGGGAAUGUCCCACAUCAUCGGAAGCAUUGAAGUAGGCAAAUUAGCCGAUAUUGUGUUGUGGAACCCCUCCAACUUUGGCACAAAACCUCUUCAAGUCAUCAAGGGAGGUAUGGUUGCUUACAGUCUCAUGGGCGACGCCAAUGCCAGUAUCCCUACCGUCGAGCCUAUGAUUAUGCGACCAAUGUUUGGCGCCUCGGUUGCUCACAAUAGUAUCGUAUUUGUCAGCAAAGCUGCCCAAGCCAAAGGUGUCGGCAACAAAUGCGGCUUGAAGAAAAGAGUGGAAGCUGUAAAGAAUUGUAGAAACAUCGGAAAGUCCGACAUGAAGUUUAAUGAUGUGAAGCCCAAGAUGAAAGUUGACGCUGAGAGCUAUAUUGUUGAGGCUGAUGGUAUGGUUUGUGAGGCUGAGCCGGCGAGUGUAUUGCCUCUUGCUCAGACUUAUUAUAUCUAUUGA